CGAUUUUCUUCCCCCAUAUUCGCGAUGGGUGUAAAAUCAUUUUAUCCAUAGCAUUGUUUCAUCCAGCUGUCCCCCUCUCUGUCUGUCUGUCUCUCUGUCUGUCUGUCCAGGGCAGGUACUGUGGAAUGGGAGGGUGUCUCGGUAUGUUAGAUAGGAUACACGGAAGCGUGUGUCGCCGUGCUUAAAUGACAGGAGGCUCGGUGCGUCUGUUGUGAACGACAGCCUCAGAUCACAGCUGCUCCCUCAACAUGGCACCAAAGGACCCUCUGCUCGGCACCCUCAAAGUAUGUGUCCUCCACCUGCAGUCAGAUGGAGGGAUGGUGUCAGACACCAACCCUCACCUCGCCUCCUGCUGUGAGCUUCUGGAGCUGGUCCUCAGGAAGGGGCUCCAACAGCCAGUUAUCAGUCUGGUACACAGAGACUACUGGCAGUGUUUUGAACAGCUUAUCCACCAAGAUGCCUGUGGCAGGCUGUCUGCCCUGUCCUUGGUGGUGGAGCAGACCAGAGUUUGCAGGAAGCUGCUCUCAGCUCAGGGCCGAGGCCGCUAUCUGCUCAGACUGGCCCUCAGCCGCAAGGCUCUGCCACAGUUCAUCACACACCUGCUACACACACCCAGAGUCUUGGAGUGGUACAGUCCGGCAGCGUCAAUCCUCAGGAAUGAGGAAUUUGUGGAGCCUUUCAUGUCGCUGCUGCUGGUCCUCUCUCACAUGGAGUUUAAACUGGACAUGGAGAAUUGCAGUUUUCUAGAUGAGAGCUGGCUCCUACCGGUGUGUGAGAUAUACGAAGUAGUGCCCUGUCGGGAGGUAGGGAUGGUGUUGAGGUAUCUCAGUGGCCGCGUCUUCGUCCUCGACCUGAUGCCUGGUAGUCAGGCUCACGUAGACAAGUUCAUCUGCCCCGGCGACAUUAUCGAUGAGAUCAAUGGCACCUCGCUGAGAAAUUCCAAGAAUGGACAGGCAGGUGUGGUUCUGUCUCGGCUGAAGGGCUGCCCCCUGUCCAUCAGUGUCCUGCGAUGGAGGGCUCAGGAUGGAACCGUUUAUCGGCCCCUUAUCAAACUCCUGCGGGCCCUGAGGAUGGAGAACCCCACCCUGCAGCUUGGUCCCGCUCCGUCCCAGCAGUCAGCCACCAAGGACCAGAGAAACUCUCCAUCACAGUGUCUCAAAGAGGGAAGGAUUGUGUACAUAGUGCAGUUCUUGGGAAAAACAAACAUUGGAAUGUUUGGGGGCAAAGAGGUGCUGCAGCAAGCCAUCCCACAAGUGUUGCAGAAAAACCUGCCUAGCCAGGAGGUGCUUUUAGAUAUGAAGGAAACACAUUUGACAUGCACAGACAGAAGCAGUAAAGUGGAGCUCUUUGAGCAUCACUAUCCAGAGAUUUCAUGCGUAGGGAGAUUUGGUCGACCAGAUUACACAAUAUUUGCAUUCUGUGUGGCACACUCCCCAGAAACCCCUCAGUCGACAGGCUUCUGCUGUGUGGCGCUCAGAGCCAGCACCAUCAAGGAGUGUGAAGAGAUUGUCUGCCGUAUUGCUACUGGUUUCAAGCAUACGGAGUGGUUUGUAUGACAAUUCACCAACAGUUGUCAACUCUUGUUUUAUGUGUUGUAAAUAAAUGUAAAAUUUGUCAGAUCAUA